UGGACAAACUACAAUUUCAACUUCAAAAGUUCAAAUACACUGCAAAACAAAAGCUUUACUCGCUUGCUUGCUGUCAAAAGAAAUUAAAUUAAAUGAAAUCCGUUAAAUUGACUAGCCUAACGGAAUAUUUCAAGUAGAAAAAUGCCUCGUCGACGAGAAAAAGCGAAAUCAGUAACAUGGUUAAGUGAAGAAAUAUCGAAUAAAUCAAAUGUUUCUAACACUUUUCACUACUAUGGAAAGUUUCAGUUUAAAGACAUAAUCGCUGAAGUCGGUGAUUUUGUGCUAGUAUCAAAUGCCGACUCGGCAGAACCUGACACUGAAGAAGGAUGUGACGCAGCCAAAAUACUAGCUUUAUACGAAGAUAUUUAUAACAAGCACAAUCCAUUCAGAGCUAAAGUGCAAUGGUAUUCCAAACCCAACGAUCUGCCUAAGGGAUGCUUGAAUAAUAAGGAGAUAAUAAACUUUCUGGAAAAAGAGGUAAUAGAAGACCACCGUUCCUUUGACACUGAUGUUUCUAUAGAAACAAUUUUUAAAAAAUGUAAUAUAACUUUUACUUUCACUAAAGAUACGGAUUCAUCAUUUAAAAAAAGUCUAUAUCAUUACAUAUGUCGGUACAGACUAAUAGCUAUCACAAAAAGGAAAGUAUACUUGGAACCUGUGGUUGAAGAAGAAAGAAAAGCUUUAGAAUUAUUAGUAACACCAAGAAAAUCUGCAGUUACUCCUAAAAGUGCAACACCUAAAACACCUAGCAGUUUAAUAAAAAGAAUGGGCCGUGUGUCACUUUCAGAAAGGAACUGGAGUGUUAGCAAGAAUGAUGGUACAAAAUUGUUACUGAAAAGGGCAAUAUUGGCUGAUAAAAAUGAUAAGGAAGUGCCUCGAACUCCAGAAACUCCUGUGAUAGAAACAUCAAAAAGUACAAAAAAACUUGAUAAGAAGAAUAUAGAAGAUAUUUUGUCUAUGGAACUUCGAGAGAACUCAGAUGAAGAGCUUCCAACAUUAAUAAUAAGACAACAUGUGCCAACUACACCGAAAAGAAAGACCCCUCUAAGAAAAGCUAAUAAUGAGACACCCAAAAAGGUUUUAGUAUUCGAAGAAGAGGAAAAAGAGGUAUAUUCAACUAGAUCUGGAAGAAAAACAAGGAAUCCACUGACAUAUCGUGAGUUAGAAGUCUCUCCUGUGAAGAGAACUCCAACAAGAAAUUAUAGAAUAUCAGAAACAAGUGAUGAUUUUCAAAUGACCCCUAGAACUCCUAGGACACCAAGAGCACCCAGCACACCUAAAACUCCUAAGACUCCUAGAACAAGAACUUCAAUAGCUAAAACACCUAGAAGUGUCAAACGAGUACUAACCAGUGAGUUGACACCCACCCUUCAUUCAAGAACACAUUCAGUGGAUAAUAUUAAUGAUUUCACCAAAGAAAACCGCUCCUUACCAGGGAGAGAAAACCAAUUAGAUGAAAUAUUGUCUUUUGUAAGGUCCAAAUUGCUUGAUCAUAUGAGUGGAUGCAUGUACAUAUCAGGUGUCCCAGGUACUGGCAAAACAGCAACAGUGAAUUCUGCAUUAAAAAUUUUGAAAGAAGAAUCAGAUUUACCAGAUUUUCAACUGGUAGAAGUAAAUGGAAUGAGGAUAGCAGAGCCCAGGCAGGCUUAUGUACAAAUUUACAAACAACUUACUGGUAAAUCAGUUGUUUGGGAGCAGGCAUGCUCAUUGUUAGAGAAGAGAUUCACAAACCCAGGACCGCGGAGAACACCUACAGUCCUGGUUGUGGAUGAGCUAGACGCCCUCUGCAACCGUCGACAAGACGUACUCUACAGCAUCAUGGAGUGGGCAGCACACAACACCGCGCUACUAACAGUUCUUGCUGUGGCCAAUACUAUGGACCUGCCUGAACGAGCACUAGCUGCAAGAGUUGCAUCCCGUUUGGGCCUCACCAGGCUGACCUUCCCACCAUACACACAUACACAGUUGCAGUGCAUUGUGGCUACUAAAUUGGCUGGUGCUAAUGUGACGCCUGAUGCUGUGCAGUUAAUUGCUAGAAAAGUAGCUGCAGUAUCAGGUGAUGCGCGUCGCGCGUUAGCCCUCUGCACCAGAGCGUUAGAACUAGCUGGUGACAAGGAGGCAGGGUUGAAGGAAGUUCAGCUGGCCCUGGGGGAAGCUGCUUCCAGUGCUGCUGUGAGAGCCAUCAGGAACUGUUCCGCAAGUGAAAGGCUCAUGUUGAGAGCAGUAGCUGCUGAGGUGGAAAGAACAGGUUCAGACGAGACCACAUUAUCCAGAGCAUUAGCCACAGCAGCAGCUAUAGUGGCUCUCGACGGUCGACCAUACAGAAGUGCACCGAACAUUCGAGCCCCAACACCCUCACAGGCUCACACGAUAUGUGCCAGACUAGCUGCUAUCAAACUAUUGCUCUUGGAACCAAAACCAUCAGAACCAAGGUUGCUGUUAAAUGUUAGUGCAGAUGAUGUACAUUAUGCAACAAAACAAAUAACAGUCUAGAAAGUUCUGACAGAACAUUUGCGCACCAUCACCCUGAUAAGCUCAUACUGUUAUUUUAUUCUUUUUUUAAUAGACAAACUUAAACUUUUAAUUUAAAUGCGGACAAGAUAUCAGUUUGUGACUUAAAAAUAGUACAAAAUAAAAUGGUGAACUGAUGCUCAGCAUCAGCUACUGACAAGUUUUUAAUAUAAGUUUUUAUAAAACGCCUGAAUGAUUGCCUGUGAUUGUUGAUUGUUAAUAGUAAAUAAGUUAAAAUUAAAAAAUGUAGGAAAUUUCAAAUUUUAUUAUCUGACAUUAUUUGUUUACUCAAAGACUAGAACAUUGUCACAUUACAUAACUAUCAUAACAUUACAUUAAUUAUUUAAAUUCCAAAUGUAUUUUUAUGGUU